UCGGCAUUCAGCCCCACCAGCAAAUAGAAACACGACAGGUGAUGCGUACAAACGGAAGUAUCCGUUAAAAUCGCAGGUAACGGCGGGGACGCGUUUGUAUUGUGAGCGAUAUUUACGUGAGGGAGUGAGUUCGUGUCUGAGGUCUGAUGGAUGGAGGAGGCUGUUCAUAUCCGAGUCAUGCUGUUACUGUCCUGAUAAACUGCACGCUGUGAGUGUAAAUCAACACCAUGGAGCUGGUCGUAGGUAAAAUCCUGUGCCUUCUGGCCAUGUUCGGCUUGAUGCUGGCCGCUAUUCUCACCCCUGUGCGGGUGAUGCAGUCGGACCUGGACAAGGCUGUGAGGUACAGGAGGGCAGUGGCGUUCAGUAACUCUUUUGGGGGCGGCGUGUUUCUGGCCACCUGCUUCAAUGCCCUUCUGCCUGCUGUUAGAGACAAGGUGGAUCAGAUCUUAACACUGCUGAAGAUCACCACUGACUACCCACUGGCCGAGACCAUGAUGAUGCUUGGUUUUUUCCUUACUGUGUUUGUUGAGCAGACUGUGCUGACCUUCAGGAAGGAGAAACCACCCUUCAUUGACCUUGAGACAUUUAAUGCUGGUGGCUCGGAGGCAGGCAGUGACUCUGAGUAUGACACACCGUUCAUCGCUCCAGCACGGAGCUCACAUCAUCGCUCACAUCACCACUCUCAUCACCACAGUCAUUUCAACCCAGCAGAACUAACACGUGCAGGACCUCUGCGGCUUGCGAGCCUCGUCCUGGCGCUCUCCGCUCACUCUGUCUUUGAAGGCCUUGCCCUCGGGCUUCAGGAAGAUGGUGCUAAACUGGGAAGCCUUUUUCUUGGAGUGGCGAUCCAUGAGACGCUUGCAGCCAUGGCUUUAGGAGUGAGUGUGGCUAAAGCAGGACUGCAGCUCUGGGAUGCCAGCAAACUGGGCAUCACAGUCAGCCUCAUGAUCCCCAUCGGCAUUGGCCUGGGAAUGGGUAUUGAGAGCGCCCAGAACCUGGCAGGAAGUAUUAUUUCUGUGGUCCUCCAAGGUCUGGCAGCAGGCACAUUUCUUUUUAUUACUUUCUUUGAAAUCCUCUCCCGAGAGUUGGAGGACAAACAUGAUCGGCUACUGAAGGUGCUUUUCCUUGUCUUAGGGUAUGGUGUGCUGGCAGGUCUAGUCUUUAUCAAGUGGUGAUUAAUCUCAGUGGUCCCCAGAAAAAAUGAUCUUUUAGGGUUUUCCUUUGUGGAGUUGUUAACCCUCUUCACUACCAUAACCAAAGGGGAAGAGUUCCUUGAAUAUAUGAUACUUUAAAUAGUUGUUUCCUAACUUGUUACAACCUAAAUUUCAAUUUCUAUGAAGUACACUGGUUAUACAGAAAUCUAAAAGAAUAUUAAGUGCAUUUUAAUUAUAGCUAACUGAUUUUAUUACUGUAAAUGUUGAUUAGAAAUGUUAUAUGUUACUGAUUCAUGUGAUGCUGGAGGACUUGGUGAUUAAUAUUGGAGAUGCAGCCCCCAUUUUAUCUGUUAUCGAGACAAAAAUUUUGUUUUGAGCACAAAAAUUUUACACGCUACAGCGGGGGUUCUUAAAAGAUUUAAACCUGUUUAAAUGUUUAACUCAACAUGGAUUUCUGCAUAUUCAACUAUUUAAUAGUAUAAUUAAUUGUUUAAAUAUUAAAUAUUAGACUUAAAUUUAAUCCCAGAUGUUUAAAAAUGGUGUUAUUUAUUGACACCUGGGGCAGUGGUGGGGGUAGUUUGUUGAGGCUCUUUGGUGCUCUUCAGAGCAUCACUGUUGCUAUAAAAGAAAUUGAAUCUGUCACCCGAUGUGCUCAACAGCACACGAGGGAGAUAAAAAUAAAUUGAUCUUUUGCAUAAGCCUGCUUAUUUUCAAGUUACCCACUCACUCCAAGUCGAACAGGAUAAUAUGCUGUAUACACUGCCUGACCAAAAUAAAAAAUCUGGCUCAAAUACGCCUUACUUUAAUUCAAGUCCACUUACCACUUAAUUUAAGACCACUUAAUGUGUUCAAUUACAGCAAGCAAUUUGAUGACCACUUAAUGUGUGAAAAGUGUUGCUCAUUCUCCCAAAACCACCCUCUCUUGGUUUGAGUCCGAUUCUGGUCAGUUCUGCUGACAUCAGCUGAUUUCAUUUUAUUGCCUGAGCAAAUGAAGCAAUCCUUGAUCAUACUGCCUCCAGAGGCUUGUUUUAAUAAUGUAUUGAAGGAUUCUUUUUUUUUUUUUUUAUAUAUAUAUAAUUUUAAUGUUUUCAUUGAUUGAUGCAGGCCAUUAAUUUGACCCUUCUGAAAUUUUGGGCAGGUAGUGUAUCUACAGUAUAAUAUUGGAAUAUACUAUAUGGACCCCAUAAUACAUUCACCAACGUUGGUAAUAUAGGUUGGGAUAUCUACCACUUUUACAUUUUUUAUUUUUUUAAAUUGUAGUAACCCUAACUGUGCUUCACAGACCCCACUUUGAGACUCACUCUACCGGCAUAUAAGGUCAUGGCGCUACAGAGGUUACCCGGAAAUUUAAAUGAAGUAGGUGCUUAGAUGCAGUUUUACAUUAUUUUAUAUUUUUGUACAUUUACAUGGUUGUGGUCUUUUGUUUAUAAACAAAUCUGUUUUGGUUUGAGAUUAUUUCUUUUACGAAUUUGGUGUGGAUUUUAGAGGUUAUUUCAUUUCUACUGCCAUUUUAUUUUAGUAUAAAAAUGGUUUCUAUGGGGUAGUUUGGGCUAUAAGUUUCCGUAAGGGAAAUAUUCUGUUGUAGAGGUUUAUAUAGAACUCUUUAAGGGUUCUUGUAGCACGUUAGACUGAAGAACUGUCUGCAAAAAUAUCAAUGUACAUAUGGCUUAUAUUGUAUUACAUUCUACCAACAAAGGGCUGUCUGCAUUUCUGUUGUUAGUUAAGUAAACAUAAAAAUUCAUAACCCUCAUUUUGAAUCGUGAAUGAAGUCUGUUUUUAUUGUACAUGCAUCAAUACUUUUUACUGGUUCACAUGUUUUCCCAGAGAUACAUUAAAAUACAUGUCUAAUUCGUUUUAGCAGCAUAUUAACUUAAUGCAAUGUGCAGUGUUAUUGACAGUAUGAUUUGCACGUCACAGCAGGGAUAUAGUCAUGCUAACAGUGUAAAAAAAAAAAAAAAACUUAAACAUGAAACAGUUGUAGGUAGGAGUCGAAAAAAAAGCUGAGAAUUGGAUGAAACGUUUGCCUCAGCUACUUGAAGCAGAUGACUGUGCUGGUGGUCGGUGUGUCACUGUAAAUUAAUGUAAAUGUAUUUAUGGGAGUAGAAUCAGUAUAAAUUAUCUUGCUAAGAUGUCUGCCUUUAGACACUUAGUAAUUUUAAUAGAUUUUCUACACUUCAUCUAAUCAGUUUACUGUUUAAAUUACAGUAUUUUUUUUGUCAUAACACAUCAAAUUGCUGGACUGUAUCUCUUAAUAAAUCAUGUUUGAUAAUGA